GUGUAAAGAGAUGAAGGCUAUUCCUGGUGCUCUCCUGACUUGCGACCCAGCAGCCAAGCAGCUCAUCCUCUCCAUCGACGAGCGUCUACACUUUGUCAUCGUCGAUCUGGACUCUACUCACUUGCUCGUGAGAAAGGACAUGGUCGAGGUGAUGAGGGUCGAGCUAGAGGCCGAGCUCGAAAAGAACUCCUGGACAAUGGAGCAAUAA